UUACAUAUGAUAUCUGACAACUGGUCUAUGAUUUAAUUAUAUGUGAAACUAAUCGCCACUAACUUAGCCAUCAAUUGAUUGAAAUAUAAUAUAAUUUUGUGUUUGUUUUGUUGUAUUUUGAUUACCGAUUGAAAUCCUCUUUCAGUGACAAUGAAUUUAAGUGCGGAUCAGCUGAAGGAGAGUGCGAACGAACACUUCAAGAACCGUGAGUACGACGCGGCCAUCGAUUUGUACAGUAAAGCCAUCGAAACGGAUUCGUCGGUCGCCUUAUAUUAUGGCAACCGAUCUAUUGCUUACCUCAAGAAGGAGUUCUACGGCUACGCAUUGGCCGAUGCGUCCAAAGCUCUUGAAUUAGACAGAAGUUAUAUCAAAGGUUAUUACCGAAGAGCGGCCGCAUAUAUGGCACUGAAUAAGUUCAAACUUGCCCUCAAAGACUUGGAAACAGUGGUUAAAUGUAAGCCGAAUGAUAAGGACGGACUGAAUAUGUUCAACGAAUGCAAGAAAAUUGUCAAUAGAUUAGCCUUUGAAAAGGCCAUCGCUGUCGAAGAAGUUAAGAAAUCGGUGGCCGAUAGUAUCGAUUUGGAAAGUAUGUCCAUUAAUGAUGAUUACGACGGACCUCAAUUAGUUGACGGAAAGGUUACUCAAGAUUUUAUGAUUCAAAUGAUGGACUAUUUUAGAGACCGGCAAAAACUUCACCGAAAACACGCGUAUAAAAUGAUUUUAGAUGUGAGACAACUGUUUUCAAAAGAGCCGACUUUAGUGGACAUUGACAUCGAUGACGACAACAAGUUUACCGUUUGUGGCGACAUUCACGGCCAAUACUACGACCUUUUGAAUAUCUUUAAACUGAAUGGUAUGCCAUCCGAGACUAAUCCCUACUUAUUCAACGGUGAUUUUGUGGACAGGGGUUCCUUCUCUGUCGAGUGUAUUCUUACUUUAAUCGGUUUUAAGCUCUUAUAUCCCAAACACUUCUUCAUGUCUCGCGGUAAUCACGAGAGCCAAACAAUGAACCAAAUGUACGGCUUUGAAGGUGAGGUCAAAGCCAAAUACACGAUACAAAUGUACGAACUGUUUGCCGAAGUGUUUAAUUUGUUACCACUGGCCCAUUGCAUCAAUAAACGGGUACUUGUUAUGCACGGCGGCCUAUUUGCCAACGAUUCCAUUACAUUGGACCAAAUUCGCAAUACUGACCGAAAUAGACAGCCGCCCGACGAAGGAAUUAUGUGCGACAUUCUCUGGUCGGAUCCGAUGCUACCGAAAGGUCGCGCUCCCAGCAAACGAGGCGUCGGCGUCCAGUUUGGACCCGAUAUUACCGAAACAUUUUGCAAACUCAAUAAACUCGAUUAUAUCAUUCGUAGUCAUGAAGUGAAACCCGAUGGAUAUGAAGAGGCGCAUUCAGGCAAAUGUAUUACAGUAUUUUCUGCACCCAAUUAUUGCGAUACAAUGGGAAAUAAGGGGGCAUUCAUAACAAUGUCCGGAAAAGAUCUUAAGCCACAGUUCACGACAUAUGCAGAAGUACCGCAUCCUAAUGUCAAACCCAUGGCUUAUGCCAAUAGUCUCUUCUCCUUUAUGUGACACUAAUGAUGUGUCCCAUCACUCAGUUGAUCAUCUAUUAUGGUGUCAAUAAUCAUAAUAAUAAUACUGUUAAUAAUAAUAAUAAUAAUAA